AUGGAGCAGCUGAACACCGCCAUUAUGAAGCGAUACUCCAAAGAGAGGAAAGUCGGUGAAGGUACUUAUGCGUCCGUCUACCAAGGGCAUUGCGUUGAAACGGGGAGAAUGGUGGCUAUAAAGAAGAUCAAAAUCGGCCAGUUCAAAGACGGUCUCGAUAUGUCAGCUAUCCGUGAAGUUAAGUUCCUGCAGGAGCUCAAGCACGAGAACGUGAUAGAGAUGCUCGACGUCUUCUCUGCGAAACAAAACCUCAAUCUUGUCCUCGAAUUUCUUACCACUGAUCUCGAGCUUAUUAUCAAAGAUCGCUCGCUUAUCUUUAGACCAGGUGAUAUCAAAUCUUGGAUGGCCAUGACCCUCAGAGGUGUCGAUUGGUGUCACCGUAACUUCAUUCUUCAUAGAGAUCUUAAACCUAACAACCUCCUAAUAAACGAUAAGGGCAUCCUCAAAGUUGCCGAUUUUGGUCUGGCAAGGGACGUUGCCGAUCCCGGCAUGAAAAUGACCUGCCAAGUUAUUACGAGGUGGUAUAGACCUCCUGAACUGCUGUUUGGUGCUAGAGCAUACUCCUCAGCAGUCGAUAUUUGGAGCGUUGGUUGCAUUUUUGCCGAAUUGCUGCUUAGAACGCCCUAUUUACCCGGCGAGAACGAUAUAGAGCAGCUGAAUACAAUAUUCAGAGCAUUGGGUACACCUAAAGAGUCUGAAUGGCCUGGACACACAUCCCUACCGUCUUACAUCAAAUUUCAGGAUUACCCUAAGCAACCAUUGGAGGAUCUCUUCAGUGCAGCUGGAAAUGACGCUAUUGAGUUGCUUGGAAAGUGUCUGCAUUACAAUCCUCAUGAACGGAUAAGUGCUGGUAGUGCUCUCAGACUUCCUUAUUUCUCCAAUCAGCCUAAACCAACACCCCCGCCACUAUUGCCCAAGCCACUGAAAGAGUUGGAGCCGAGAGCUCUCCCUCCUGACGCCGUCACAGGGCAAGGCAAUAACAAGCGCAAAGCUGAUGGCGAGCAGGAUCAUAAGCCCGACCUCAGGAAAGUUGCACGCAAGAUUGACUUCCAAUAG